AUGCCGCGCGCGCUCGCCUACUCUCGGAAAUGUCUCCUUGUUUUUCCCCAACGAUAUUUUAUCUCUUUCUCCAAUCCUCCGGAGCCAUCCCCUUCCUCCUCCUACCUCAAUCAACUGAAAGGAGCAGCUGCUUGUGUCGCCGGCAACGCGCAGCCAUCUUUGGGAAGCGAAGGAACGGCGGCGCGCGUCUCUCCGGCUUCCCCUCCACCCCCGGCUGCUAAUGGUCGCCGUUCGUCCUCCCCUCUCCGUCUGCCCUCUCUAUCUUCAGGCUGCAGCUCGUGUUUGCUAUCUACAUGUGCAUUCUCCGUGAUUUUAUUAGAUUUGAAGUUCCAUUUGAUUUUUGGUGUGUCAGAUUGGAGAUCGUGCUUGAGUAGAAGUAGCGGCUGGGACAGGGUCCUACAGUGCUCGUUGCAGGGCGUGCCCUCUGGUACUGCUUCUCCAAGUUUCUUCGACCCAAUUACCGAUGCUUCUCGUGGUCACCAUUCACCCUAUCCGCUCCAACUGCCCCUAUCUGUAGCUCUUGUUUACUGUUCGUCUUCCCCCCGCGCCCCAGCUGCCCUUGCUAUCUGCUGCACGCACAUCGAUAAAUUUUUGAGUUCAUCAUUCCCCGUCAAGGAUCCCCUUGACCGCAACCAGACUUCAAUUAACCAAGCGUGCCCCUGCAAUUCCGCUCCCAAGUCAGGUUUCAACAGCUUGUUGGUUUUUAUUCCAAUCAGCUUGCUGUUUUGUUCCUUCCAUUCAGCCUCGAGCAUGUCACAACUCUGAGAUCAUAUUUUUGUCCUGGCCAACUGCAGCAGCUGUGCGCAGCAGGCACAACAACUUCAUUGUGUCUCUUAAUUUGCCUUCUCUCACUAAUUCAGAGUACAUUGUGAUUUUUUCUUCUCUCGGCAGCUAGUGUUCCUGUACUUUUGAAUGACGAUAUGAAUAAUGCUGCAGCUCAUCUCUCUAGCAUGGAUUGUUUCUAUUGGCUAUUUGUCUCAUGCAGGAAAAUUGAGAUAAUCAUCUUACGUAUUUUUUGACCCUUGAUUAGUUAAUUUCCUUUUAUGUAUGUGUGGCCGGUAGCAGCACUUUUGAUAUUGCUUUUGUUCUGUUCACUUGCUUUUUUGGGUCUGAACCUUGCUUUUGUUUUGGCGAAUUUCAGUACAGUAACUACUAUCCAAUCCUUGCAAGAGUAUGUACAAUUUGUUUACUUGUUUAGCAUAGUUUUAGCCUUUAGCGCUAAUCAUGUGCCUUGGUUACUGUUAGUUCAAUUGGCUAAUCAUGUGCACCAUACCAAAUUUAUUUUUGUUGCUGUCAUUUUGCUAUCAGCCGGGUGCACCAAAAAUUUAUCAUUUGAUUCCUAUCUGUUGGUUGCUAUCUGAAUUUUUCUAACUUUAUAGGUUCUGUAUUUUCCUAUCAUAUUUUUGUGAGGUAUUUCAUCAUCACAUUUGUGUUUUCUAUUUUAAAAAUAGUUACUUUUUAUGUACUAAUGAACACUUGAAUAAUUGGUUCAACUAUAAUAUAUUAGCUUGUAAUAAUCUGUUGUUUUUUUACAAUAUCUUUAUAUUUAUAGACCUCUUUAUUAUCUAUGCAUUUGAUUUGUUUUUAUUGAUUGUUCGUAUAACUAAUACUUUUUAUUGCUUUAAAUUGUUUUUAGAUGGCUUCUCGAGGUUGUACAUCGAUAGGGAGUAAGAAUAGCCAUGAUUAUUGUGGUGAUGACAUGGCGGUAAGUUAUUCAUAAUUGUGAGCUUGGUGAAGCUGUCUUUGAGUUCUAUACGAAGAGGUAUUUCAUUUGUAAUUUUUUUUGAGUUUGUUGUUUAUGGUUUUUAUAAUAGUAACAUGUAUAUGCCUAUAGUUGAGUUAUCUACAUUGUGGGAGUCAAUUUGUUUUGCUUUGUUAUUCAAGAAAAUUAAGCAACUAAAGAGCAUGCUUACUCCAGCUGAGUUGAACGUUAUUGUGAAUGAUAUGGGUUGCCUUUGUUUUA